UUUAUUUGUAGGUACAUUUUUUUAGGACGAUCUACUUCUAAAUUCUUCCCUUGCAGUUUUCAUGACGUUGUUUAACCACGAGGUUCAGACGCACCCGGUGACUCAGGCAGCGUACCCUUGGAUAGCGGCGGUGGUACACACGACGACUGGUGUCCUGCCCUUCGUGUGCACAGCGUCAUUGAUAGAGAAGGGCAUCUUCAUUACUGCUGCUCGAUGUAUUUACAAGUUAAAGAUAGUUCAGACAAGAGUACUUUAUAAAGACACGAAACUGACAGUGAAAGUGUUCGUCAUACCCUCGCCUCCUACGAAGCAGAUGUUCGACGAUGUAGGGUUGAUCGUGGUGACGGAUGAAAACUUCAAAGGCGCCUGGACGCCAGUCAAAUUGUUCUCUGGCAAGAGAACUGAUAACGAAUUCGAUUGGUUCUUCAAGUUACGCACCCAAAGGACUAGCGAUCACAAGGUUGUAGGAUACGCUCAUGCGAAGCAUACUUACGACGCCAUUUUGCCACCUGCCACGCCUACACGUCUCACCGAAUUGCCCGUUACCGUCGGAAUAGCAAUGUGCAAACAGAUAUUCGCAAAUAUUAAGAUAAACGGUUUUUAUGUGCCGUGCUACAGCGGAUGCACGAUUGCAGAGUUCAUAAAACACGACCCGAAGUGCGAGAGGUACCACGGUUCUUUAGGUGGAGCCGUCUAUAAUUUUAAAACUAAGGAGUUACUGGGUGUUGCCACUUGGGGCGCUGCGAACUCACGGCGAACGUUACCCGUAGGCUUCGCAGUGCCAAACUCGGAUAACUUCAAGAAAGACUUGGCUUGUGCUAGGAAAAUAAAUAUUUUCGAUAAAAUAGCGCGAACGCUGCCUGAAGAAGUGAUACUCAACCAGAAAAGUAUGGUGAAAGUAAUUCCCAAUUAUGAUGAGCCGACCAUGUUGGAUAAUGACAUCGACCAAGAUGCUGUGGUCUUAGGAGCGAGAUUGGAAGACGACCAACAGUCGACAACUACAACUAAAAGUAAUAAUAAGAAUGUACCACAGAUUAUUAAACACGUAAACCAGUCAAUCUUUCCAGCGCUGGAUAACUAUCACGACGGAGCGUCAUUGAUAUCAGAGACCAAGUAUCCUUGGAUAGCGCGCAUCGUGCAUUCGAAAUCAGCUGAUUAUCCCUUCAUCUGCACUGCCUCUUGCAUCGACAACCAGAUAUUUAUAACCGCAGCGCGCUGUAUUCCAAUGUUAAAAAUAGAGUUCACAAGUGUGAUAUAUAAGAAGCAACGUUUUCAUCCUAUAGCAUUCCUCAUUCCAUCGUCUCCUACGAAGCAGAUGUAUGAUGACAUUGGCAUAAUCGUAGUCGACGGCAGAGAAUUUGACAGGAAAAAGCGCCACUGGGUUAUAGUCAAGCUAUUUGAGGGCAAUAGAACUGAUACGACGUACCAAUGGUUGGCUGAGUUGCAACUGUAUAAAAGCAUGCAGCACGUCGCUAUAGGCUACGCUUCUCACAAGAACUUUGCUAAGGUGCACACGGCUAGAACAAGGUUCCAGCUCUACGAAAUGAAAGUUCACGUAGGGAUAACUCUGUGCACUGUUUACGGCCGUAAAAUUGGUUACUACGUGCCUUGUUACCACGCCUGCGAUUUAACGAAGCCAUCAGACCCUAAGUGUAAGAAAUAUCUCGGCACUGAAGGUGCAGCACUAUUUAACUUUAAGAGUAAUAAGCUGCUAGGUGUCGCGACAUGGGGCGGGAAGAAAGUCACCGAAUUACCUGUUGGUUUUUCCGUACCCAACUCUGAGAAUUUCUUUCAAGAUCUGGACUGCGCCAGGAAAAUAAGAGCGGAUCUGCUCACAACGAGAAACCCUCCGAAAGAUCAUUACAAAAAAUUAUGCCGAAAGCUCUGACAGUAUUAAGUUUAUUGCGGAAACGGAAAGUGAUAUUUAUUAUAAGAUUAGUGUUGCCCACAUAAUCAAAAGGCUACCUAAAUGUCCGACAAAAGCUUCGGAACAAUCGUAAAUGAGUUCUCUGCUAUCUGCAGGAUAAC